AUGAGAAGCACGCUCGCGCUGCUCGUCGCCUCCCUGUGCGGGGCGACCGCCUUCGUCGCUCCGGCGGCGGCGCCGCUGCAGUCAGUCUCGCGCUGCGCGUCCCCCGCCAUGAUUAGCCAUGGCAAGGGGUUCCGCAAGCUGAACAAGCCUGCGGACCAGCGCAAGGCUCUGCUGCGCUCGCUCACGACCGAGCUGAUCCGCCACGGCAAGAUCCAGACGACGCUCGCGCGGUGCAAGGAGGUCCGCAAGACGACAGACCACAUGGUUACCCUCGCCAAGGACGGAUCGCUGCACGCGCGCCGGCAGGCGGGAGGGCGGCUACACGCGAGUGCUCAAGGACGGCUUCCGCAAGGGAGACAACGCGGAGAUGGGAAUCAUCGAGCUGGUCUGAGGUGCGGGGCUGCGGCGGGGGCAGGCAUGCGUGUGUACCCUUCUCCUCGGCUGGUGUGAACCGAGUGUGCUCCCUCUUCUCUUUUGCCUUCGGAUUCGCAUUCGGUUUUGUGCCACUCUUGUUCUCUUCGCUGCCCGACAUCGAUCGCGUUGAUUCUCGUGGUUGUGGUUCUAAGAGAGUAGAGUCUAGAGAGACCCACGCAAAAUGAUAUAAGUAAUAAA